AUGGCCUCUAUCACAGAAACUACUCCCGUGGUUCCCAUCCAGGAAGAUAAGAUUACCUUAAAGGGCCUUGAAAGAGUGCCACUCAAGUCAAACGGGACUCUGGAUGCCUUUGAGUCCUUCGAUGUCACCCCAGCCAUCGGCCGGGAGUUCCCCAACGCCAGUCUGAAAGAUUUCCUGCGCGCCCCCAACUCAGACGAGCUACUCCGGGAGCUUGCUCUCACUGUUUCCCAACGAGGUGUAGUCUUCUUCCGGAACCAGGACGCUCUGGACGACGAACUGCAGAAGGAACUAGCCCAACGCCUCGGCGAACUCUCAGGCAAACCAAGCACGUCCGGGCUGCAUAUCCACCCGGUCUCAAACUCAGGCCGAGAGCACAGCGUCAAGGACGACGAGAUCAGUGUGAUCAGCUCCGAGCAGCGAAAGAAGCUAUACAAGGACCGCAACCAGCGCAAGCAGACUGCCAGACGGGAAUGGCACAGCGAUAUCACCUUUGAGCCCAUCCCGAGCGACUAUACAAUUCUGCGUCUGACGGACCUUCCCAAGACUGGUGGUGAUACGCUGUGGGCCUCCGGGUACGAGGUGUACGAUCGUAUCUCAGAGCCAUACCAGAAAUUUCUGGAGAGCCUAACGGCAACGUAUGCCCAGCCGCGCUUUAACCAGGUUGCCAAGGAGAGCGGGUUCGAGGUGUAUUCCGGAGCGCGUGGAGCCCCUGAGAAUGUCGGCGACGAGCUGCGCGCCGUGCACCCGGUCAUUCGCACCAACCCGGUCACUGGGUGGAAGAGUGUCUUUGCGGUGGGAUCGCACGUCGAGAAGAUUAAUGGCCUGGCUGAGGAGGAGAGUCGACACCUCUUGAACUGGUUUGUAAAUCUCAUUGUAGAGAACCAUGAUCUGCAGGUGCGGCUUCGCUGGCAGAACUCGAAUGAUCUGGCUAUCUGGGAUAACCGGUCAGUAUACCACGCUGCGACGUGGGACUAUGAGGAUCUUGGUCUUCGGACUGGGCAUCGGGUCGUAGGGCUUGGGGAACGGCCAUACCUGGAUCCUAACAGUAUUGGGAGACGGGAGGCACUUGCUGGUGAUGAAUAA